AGGAACGAAGCUACUGAAAACAAAUCACUUUACCCAUGUUUUAUAACUGCUUACUUUAAAUAAGUUACAUUUAAUUAGAUCGCUGGUGUCAUUCGGAGGAGAUGGUUGGUAGAUUUAGUCGGAUAGAUACCUCCUCCCCCCUCUCAUCGCCCUGUCACGAUUUUUCUUCAGCUUAAUGCUAACUGUGGCGGGGUUGCUAGCCCGUCUGGCUAACCUCAGCUCGGUUAACCACAGCUAGUUGAUUAAGUCUUCCACUCCGGUGUGGAAGCAUGGACUCGGCCGUCUUCACGCCCCUUUUCAAAGGUGACCCCUUACCGCUGGCAUCGCUGCGCCUCCUGGUCCCACCUCUGCAGCUCAUGACGGCCUCCAUGUGGCAGGUCCUGAAGAAACAAGAUGUCAUGAACUACUGGAAGGUGGCUGAGUUUGUCGCCUUGGUGACGGACAUGGUCCCAGAGCUGCUCAUGCACAAGCACAGGACGCAGCUUAACCUGGGAUUAAGAGCCAGGUAUAUUCUAGAGUUGUGCCGAAGUGAAGCGCUCGUGGACCACAAAGUCAUCUUGGAUCAUCUGGAGAAGAUUAAACCGCAGCACCCCAACCUGGUGGAUAUAAAAGAAUCAGAAGAGGAAGUAGCGGCUAACUUUCUCGAGUUGAUCCAGACUCUGCUCAAAGAUCCCGAAGAGAGACGAGACUUCUUCUCGGAGGUCUUCCCUGCUGAGUAUGGACCUCAGUAUGACAGCGAUUUGCAGACACUGUUUUCGGAGUUCCUCUUCCGGCUGGCUCAGCUGUUGCCGGUACCUGACGUCGAGCAGACUGUUUCUUGGCUCGGAGCCGAAUGUUGUAUGUUGGAGGAGUGUGUGCAUUCAGUCUCCGAGCCUGCAGACCUGAAAACUCUGCUCCAUCACCACAAACACCUCGGGCAUUUAGAGCAGCACGUGCCACCCUCCAGCAUGGGCGACAGCAUCGUCUCCUCCCUCUCUGCAGUUACCUCGAGCAGAGGGACAAAACUUGCAGAACAGCCGAACCAAUCAGAGCCUCUGGAAGGCCUCAGUGAGGACACACACACUGUAUCGUUUGUUGAUGACGUGGCAGUUGAAAUAAUCACCGUGACUGAUUACGCAGAGGUCGAGUUGGGCACAAGCACAGACAUCGAGAUGGUGAUCGGAGCAGACUGCUGUGAAGUAACAGACACCAUUACGGUGGCUGAAGACUCGCUGGUUGUGCUUUCUGAUGAGACAAACAGGGAAGAGGAAAUAGAAGCAGGGGAAGAAGAAACACAAGAAAAACGUGCAAGUGGUUUGACUGACAUCAUCCUGCCAGAAGCUAACACGGAUGAUUUGGCAUCCUCGCAACACAAAGCCUCUGUGGGGCCUCACGACUGCCCAGACUGCGAGAAGAAAUUUAAAUUUGCUUCGUCGCUGACCGCCCACAGGGUCAUCCACACGGGAGAGCGCCCCCACCGCUGCGAUGACUGCGGCCGCUGCUUCUCUUUCAGGCAGUCCCUCGACAGACACAGGCACACGCACAAAACCGGACGCAAGUACAACUGCGUCAUCUGCGGGGAGACCUUCCACUCCUUGUCAGCCCGUACCGAGCACAAGCAGACACACAUGGAAGACGGCGUGUACGCGUGUCAUCAGUGCAGCAAGACGUUCAACUGGGAGCUGGCACUGGCGAGGCACCUGAAGACUCAUGCUGAUGAUCACAAUGCAGACAAGCCAACAGAGAGCCAAGAUGGAGACCAACAGGUUGUCGAAGGAGAUCAAAGUGUCAGCGAGGUGCCUGGUGAAGUCACUGAACCUGACAGCCAGGUGCAGGCGGAUCAUGAUGGAGAUGGUGAUCUGGAGAGUGUGGAGGUUCAGUGCAGUGAGCCUCCCCCCUCUGAGGCUGAAGUCGACAACAAAGUCACUAACGAAGUCAUUUCGUUAACAAAGGUCCGCACAAGCGGGCGCAAACGCAAACCGACCAUGAAGAUCCAGGUGAUAAAUUUACAGAAGCGCAUGACCACUAAAAGGAGGAAGGAGAUCCCCAGUGCGAGCCCUCCAGAGCUGAAGCCUUUGCCUUUCAACUGUGCAGAGCACUCUUAUGGGUCAUCCAUGGUCUCAUCGAAGGACGGUGAUGAAAGUUCUGUUGCAGACGGCUCGUCAGCUGCCUUCUCCUGUCCCAAGUGCUCCUUCCACCACUCCGAAGAAGCACAGGUCCAGCAGCACAUCGACAAGGUUCACUCUGCCGAGGCUGAGGACAACAAACUUUCCCUCCAUCCCGUUGCAGAUGAGGAGGGGCGUUUUGGCUGUCCCGACUGUGACAAAAGCUUUAAGUUCCAAUCCUUACUGAAAGCCCACCAGCGCAUCCACACAGGUGAGCAGCCCUUCCUGUGCUCUCAGUGCGGACGGCGGUUCUCCUUCAAACAGUCACUGGAGCGGCACAAGCAGACGCACAAGUCGGGGCGCAAGUACGAGUGUCUGAUCUGCGGGGAGUUCUUCAAGUCCCUGGUGGCUCAGAGGGAGCACAGGAGCACCCACAUGGAGAACGGAGAGUACCUGUGUUCGGAGUGCGGCCGGGCGUUUGCCUGGAGGUCGGCGCUGGUGAGACACCUGAAGACCCACAGCGAGGACGCCGACAAGGUGGAGCGUUCUUACAAAUGCCCUCACUGUGACCUGGGCUUCACCUGUGUCAGCUACCUCAACAGGCACCUGCAGACUCACCAAGAAGAAAGGGUGCACACCUGCAACUGCGGAAAGAGCUUCGCCUACAGGGCAGCUCUCACCGCACACCAGCGCAUCCAUCAAAAGGAGCGGCCGCACAUCUGCACGCAGUGCGGGAAGGGAUUCCUCUACAAGGGCGGUCUGCUGAGCCACAUGAAGAUCCACUCGGAGGAGAUGCCCUUCAUGUGCUCCUUCUGCGGCAAGAGCUUCAAGAGGGAACGCAACAUGAAGAAGCACGAGCGCUGCCACACCAGGGAAAACGUUUUCAGCUGCUCACAGUGCGACAAGAGCUUCGUCUACAAGGCGACGCUGGUCAGGCACGAGCUGACCCACUCAGGCGAGAGGCCGUACCUCUGCUCCGACUGCGGGAAGGGCUUCUUUUCCCACGCCGAGCUCCUGAAGCACGAACGCUUCCACACGGGCCACAAGCCCUUCCAGUGCCCCCACUGCGGCAAGAAAUUCACUCAGUCCUGCUACCUGACCAUCCACCUGCGCUACCACACCGGAGUCCGGCCGUACUCCUGCACCGAGUGCGACAAGAGCUUUCUGAGUGCCAACCGGCUGAAAAGACACCAGCGAACACACUCCGGGGAAAAACCAUACCUCUGUGUGGAAUGUGGGAAGGGAUUCCGGCAGUCAUAUAAUCUGAAAAUGCACCAACGGACACAUAUCAUGAAGUUAACAUAGUCGAAGUUUGACUUUACUGACCAGGAGAUUAAACAGUAUAAGAUUAGUUAGUUCUGACUGACACAAGAUCUACUGUAGAAGGAUGAUUUUUUUAUUAUUAUUUUACUUUACAUUCUAUUGUGCAAUUGCAGUGAAUUACAGAGUAUUGCAGGAAUGGGUUCAUGUUGAGUGUGCCAUUUUUCUUCCAUUUGAAUUCCAGGUUGUGUUUCCAUUAAAAGAACUUUGAGCAGG